AUGGCCGAGCGGAGGUUCCUUAAUAUAGAAAGGAAGUUGAGUAGGUCAUUCCCCUUAAGACAAGAAUAUCACGAAUUUAUGCGAGAGUAUGAAAGAUUAGGGCACAUAACGAAGGUACCUCGGGAUGGUCGUUCGGUUGCGAAUCCGGUUUAUUACCUGCCGCACCACGCCGUGAUGAAGGAGACAAGCACCACAACAAAGGUGCGGGUAGUUUCCGACGGGUCUGCAAAGACGUCCACGGGAGUAUCAUUAAACGAAAUACAGCGUGUCGGUCCAGUAGUUCAGGACGAUCUAAUUUCGAUUUUAAUUCGUUUCCGGCAAUUUCCAGUAGUGCUAAAUGCUGACAUCGCGAAGAUGUAUCGGCAAAUUAUGAUAACGCCCGAGCAACGUUGUCUUCAACGUAUCUUAUGGCGAGAAGAACCCACGCAGCCAAUUGUGACAUACGAACUGAACACGGUUACGUAUGGUACUGCGUCAGCUCCGUUUUUGGCCACUCGUGUAUUGCGGCAGGUCGGGUUAGACAACAUCGAUACGUACCCAAUCGUGAGUCACAUAAUCAUGCAGGAUUUUUAUGUUGACGAUUUGCUAACGGGCACGGACACGAUAGAGCAGGCUAAAAUCUUUAAACGGGACGUCAGUAGACUGCUACGAGAAGCGGGUUUUGAAUUACGUAAAUGGGCAUCAAACGAGCCAACAGUGGUUAACUCGGUGUCAGACGAACCGAAGGGCAUCGUGUCGCAGGCUGAUAAGGAUCCGAGAACCCUUGGAAUGUUGUGGGGCCCACUGGCCGAUGAGUUGCGGGUAGCCAUAAAAGAUAGGAUCACGACACGGGUAACGAAACGCGUAAUAUUAUCGGAAUUCGCGAGAAUAUUCGAUCCACUCGGUUUAGUGGGCCCAGUAGUCAUGAGGGCAAAAUUAUUGAUACAGUUGCUGUGGCAAUCGAAGGUUUCCUGGGAUGAAUCUGUUCCACCAAUGAUUCAUGCCGAAUUCCGGGAUUUUCAAUCGGAUUUACAGUCAUUAAGGCGGGUCGCGAUUCCCCGACUCGUAGUACGUCCGAAUUCUACGCAGGUAGAAAUUCACGGGUUCUGUGAUGCCUCUCAGAAGGCCUACGGUGCUUGUGUUUACCUGCGCACGGUCGACGGUAGGGGUAAUGGUACAGCUAGGUUAUUGUGCGGCAAGUCACGAGUGGCACCCCUCAACACAAUAAGUCUGCCGCGACUAGAACAUUACGGGGCUUUUUUAAAUGCAAUUAGUCGACAAGGUGCGAACUGCUUCUCGGAUUGUUAUAGCUCGGGAGUUUUAUUGGAGUGA